AUGUUUCCGACGUGUUUGCGUAUCAAGCCACCAUCAAAGGACGGCGUCACGAAGAGCAACCCGAGCAAGCGUCACCGCGAGAGGCUCAACGCCGAGCUGGACACGCUGGCGUCACUCCUGCCCUUCGAGCAGAACAUCCUCAGCAAGCUGGACCGGCUCUCCAUCCUGCGGCUGUCCGUCAGCUACCUGCGCACCAAGAGUUACUUCCAAGGUACGUGGAUA